GAUUAUUUAUUGAGAUGAGCAACAUCAUUGAGAGUAUAAUAGUCUCUUUGAAUGUUUUUAUAAAAUCAUCAACUACGACGAUGGAUACUUAAGAACCAUUUUUAUCAUUUCAGGGACACUCAGUACUUAGCAAUUAUUCAAUAGUUUGAAUGACGCAAGAAAUAUAAUUAUUUAAAACAAAAAGUAAAAAUAUGUAUUCUAAGGAUUAUUUUCAUGUUACAUUUCAUAGGAUAUUUAUAAAUAAAUUCCUUUGUACUAUUCAGCACUGCAUAUAAUAAUAAUGCCAAGUAUUGAACUAUUCUCGUUGUCAAGUAAACAACCGCCUCUAGCCCCUUAAAUUAUCUGGCAUUCCUUCAGUGUAUCGAGAAAAUGGGUCGAGACGAUUAAUCGCUGUUUACUUUUGGUUUGAUAUAAAAUAUUUAAUUAUAAAAUGAAUAAUAAUUAUAUAAAAUGUUUUAAAAAUAAAAAUGCAAGCUAAAAAGUGUUGUCUUCACUGUCCUGGCGCAUGGGUAUCUUCCCAAGAACGUGAAGAGCACACGUGCAAUCUUCCGACUUACAUAAAAGGAAAUUUAAAGGUGUCGUCUUUGAAUAAAUACGUCGUGGGAGAAGAAGAACGCUCUGAAAGAUUGCGGGGUUGUCCUAAGAAGCCUUUGCCGACAGGAGAAAAUUCUUGCUACGACAGGUUCGCAAUAGCGAAAAAAUUUCACGCUGAAAACCUCCAACACCAGCCGCUGCCAGACAAAGUUAACGAUUCAGUGUUUAAAAAUAUAAAUCUACGUAAAGUUGAAGAGUAUUCGUUAAAGAGUGAGGAUAAAUUAAAUAACAAUGAGCGUCGACGGUUACCGAGGUCAAGGAGCUGUCAUAAAUUACAAGCAGGCCUGCAAUAUGCUCCGGCACUGGGCUGUAAAACUCCCACGACGAAUAUGGAUCUGGCGAUAUGUUGGGAGGCACCAAUUGAUCCUUGCUACGAGCCUCCACGUCCUACGCACAUUGACGGAUCAGAAGGUGGUCCAGCCCCGGCGAUAUUCACUCUAGUUCAGCGUGAAAACGGGCAAGACGUUGCUCACAAGUCGCCUAUGGAGAGAUUCGAAGCUAAGUUUAGCAAUGUUAAGAGCCGCUGUCAGUGUAAUCGUGUAAAGAAUCAUAAUUGCAGGGAAGACAAUGAGACUCACUGUGGUGGGUGUCAGCAUAAUGCGCAACAGCCAUUGAACAAUCAACAGAGCCCAGAACUCAACAGCAAAGAUCUCUGCGAUAAUUUUCAAUCUGUUCAUAUUUCCCAGGAUCACAGAAUGGUUAAAUCAGGCUGCGAUUCUAAACGACGCCAGCCGGUGCAUUUGAGAAAUUGCUCGCCGUGUCAUUGCCGAGGUGACCGUACCAAGAGACCAAGGUCACGGUCUAUACAGUCAGCGCCUGUAUAUCAAGGCAACAGAAAUUUUAAACGCAAUGGAUUGCCUAAUAAAUUGACGGUACCAAGACCAAGGACUCCGUACGCCAAGAGAGAUUUUUGCAUUGAUACUCUCACACCGCCUUUUAGUAUUGUUGAAGGAACUAGGGAUUCUGAAUAUCCAGAGCACUGGAGACUUACUUCGGUCUAUCAACAAUCUUAUAAAAAUCCUAAAAAAUGCUGUAUACACUCCAACGGUACCAGUUAUUAUGUAAUAUAACGCGUCACCGAUGGUACCAGCUUUUACCAAUACGUCAUUGGCUAAAUAUAUUUCUGACUUCAGAUGCAUUACGACUUGUGGUAAAAUUGACGAUGGUAUAUGCUUGAAGAAUUCUACUUUUUCUAAUAAAUUUCUGCAGUUGUACAUUAUUACUUCCUGUUAAAUUGGUUAUUAUUAAUUAUUAUAUUA